AACCUAGUCCAGAAUCAGCCAGCGAAAAAAAAUCCUUCCCGAGACGUUUGCUGCUUUGUCGUCAUGGCAACUAAAAGGUGAAAAACGAAUAACAAAAUAAAAUCGAGAGACAAGGCCUGCUGGGAUAUAUCGCGAUCUGCGCCACGGCCCUCCGAAAAAGGGCCUUAUCGCAGUGGGAAACCCGGAACCAACGACGUUGUCGCCGUGUGGACCGGUCCCGGCAAUCCGUUUCGACGCGCCGUUCUCCGGUUGAAAAUUGUGCAAUAUGCGGACGGACCAGAUUUCGCGAGUGGUUUUGUGGUACUACGGCAUUGUGCAAUAAAGGAUACUCCAGGCUCUGGGAGGGUGCGUUGCAACUCGUGUUUAGCUCCGGGAACGUCGGGAAAGCAAUCCGGUCGCGGACCUGGGAGGUGUUUUAAAAGUGAUUCGCUGGUGAAGGCAAUGUCCCCCUUCUUUGUGAAUUUGUGUUUAUGUUUGUGAAGAGGGCAAACCUAGUGUUCCUAACUGUUUUGUGUUUAUUCUGGAAUUUGAACGGUGGAACCGGAACCGUGAACGGUUAGUCGACGGAAUGGAUUAAGAAGCCGCAGAAAAGGCGUCUAGACGGAACGCCGUUGAAAGAUUGUUCGCCAACCAUAAUCUCCGGAAAUCCUUAAUAGUGGCAACGUUUUAUCUUUAAUCUUUUAUAAAAUUUUAAAUAAUCAUAAAGCUUGCCCUCACCAUAUCACCGUACAGUAAUCGAUCCGUACUAGUACUUGUACUACUAAGACAGGGUUCACUGAAAAGAUAUCGUAGAAUUAAUUGUAGUUUUACACCACAUUUUGCUCUCAACAAUUUUUAACUCUAAAAUAACCACACCAAAAUGAGCACUCGUUUGGCAACUCAGCGCAGUUUCAUUACUGUGACGCCAAUCCCGGCGCCAUCAACGCCCACGUCCACCGUUCCGGCCUCGGCCAGUUCGUCACCGGUGGCGGCCACAACCAUCACGGCCAUCGAUCCCGGUUCCCUGUCCGAUCCGGACUGCGGCGGUUCUCCGACGAGCUCGGUUGGAACUCCAACGGCCACCAUUACGAUCCCUGCCACCGCCGCUCUAGCUGCCGGAAUAGGUACAAGUACGAUCAAGUCCGCCGGUGCUGCUGACAAGACCAACCUGCAGUCCGCGGUCAGCGUGGCUACACCAUCCGCCAACCCGGCCCCGGUCCCGACCAGUCUGAUCGCCAAUAAUCUGAGCAUUGCUAAUCUUCUAGGCACUCAAGCGGGAACGCUGACGCUGCAGCAGAUUAUUCAGCAGCAAAAGAAAAUCGUAAUCCAUCCAAACGGAACCGUGAUCGACAUUCUGCCCAUCGACGAUUCCGACUCGGCGGACGACUCCAAGAUCGACGUCCAGUUGGCAGCGGCCGAUGGGGAAGCGACGAGUGUUAACGGUCAGCAGCAGGUUACGGCGCAGGUCGCUGUCGUUCAAGCCCAGAGUCCUACCGAUGGAGGCCCCCAGUACAUUACGGUGACCGUAUCUUCCCCGGAUAACGUGCAGAACCACCACACCUAUGUGCAGUAUGUGGACUCAGAUAUGUACACCACCAACGGGCAUAGUCAAACACAAAUGGCCUAUCCGGUGUACACCGUCGGCGAUUACAGUGCGUCCGGCGGCCAGCAGUAUUACACCACCGGCGGUAACGGUGCCGGCGGCAAUGCAAGCAACGGUCCAACGAGUGGCACUUCCGGUGGCGCUUCCGGAAAUGGCAAUUAUGCGACCUCGCCUGGCGGAGCGUCCCAUCCAGGAUCGAACGGUGCAUCAGCCAACGGAACACCCGGCGGAGGUGCCACAACCGGAAAUGUAUCCACACCCAAUGGUGGGGCGGCGGCCGGUGGCGCUGGCGGUUACAUUGUUCCGGUGGACGAAGCCACCCUGCUGGGAACCGCAGCCACCACCAACGGACACCAGCGGGACUCACCGCAAGCCAUGACGGACGUUGCAUCGUACCUGCACCAGGCGUCAUCCUCGCAUCAUUCCAAUUCAACGACGCCGACGCCCGACAUGGACCCGACGCCGAGUCUUAGCCACGCGACGCGCGUUUCGCCAGCGACGGUUGCCUGGCUAGUGGAGAACUACGAAAACGCCGAGGGUGUCAGCUUGCCCCGGUCGACGCUGUACAACCACUACAUGCGCCACUGCAACGAGCACAAACUGGACGCCGUCAACGCGGCCAGCUUCGGAAAGCUGAUCCGGUCGGUCUUUACGGGGCUCCGGACGCGCCGCCUCGGGACGCGGGGUAACAGCAAGUACCACUACUACGGCAUCCGGAUUAAGCCCGGCUCGGUGCUGAACAACUCGCCGAUCGUCGAGGACGGCAAACAGUUGAACGCUAGUCACGUGAACAACAAUAACAACAACAACAACAGUCACAACCACAACACCAUGGGAGGAGCGAACGGGGGAGGUGGAGGCGGAAUGGGUCACGGAGGGAUGGCCAUGAACCAUCGCGGUUCGAGAAAGGGCAUGGUCAAGAACGACAUUCCGGAAUCGUGCGGUCAGUACUUGGGCGAUCCAACCGGUGCCAUUCCGGAGUUUCCGUUGAUCAGCUUGAACCAUCCGUUUGCCGAGGAGAUCACCUUGGAGGACGUGGACACACUGCGGUCGAUCUACCGCGAGCACUGCGAGGCGUUCCUGGAUGCGAUUGUGAAUCUGGACUUUAACACGAUUGAAUCGCUGUGGCGCGAGUUUUGGCGGGCGGACAACAUCAACAACAACGGGGACGAGUGCGAGGAGGAGCGUUACCUAAGCAAGUCGAAGCUGUACCUGCUGACGCAGUGCGAGCCCAUCCAAAUGUUUAUCAAGCAGGUCGACUUUAUGUUCUAUCAAAACAUGGUGGACGUGCUUAUUCCGGACGUGCUGCGUCCAAUCCCGACCGGACUGACGCAAGCCAUUCGCAACUUUGCCAAAAACCUCGAGAACUGGCUUUCGUCGGCAAUGAGCGGUUGCCCGAAGGAGAUUGUCAAAAUAAAGCUUUCGGCGGUUUCCGCUUUCGGACAGACCCUCCGACGGUACACUUCGCUCAAUCACCUGGCCCAGGCUGCUCGAGCCGUGCUCCAGAAUAGCACCCAGAUUGCGCAAAUGCUAAACGACCUGAACCGGGUGGACUUCCGCAACGUGCAGGAGCAGGCGUCGUGGAUCUGCCAGUGUGACACCGCCAAAGUACAACGGCUGGAGAACGAUUUCAAAGCGGCACUGCAGCAGCAGAACUCACUGGAACAGUGGGCUAGCUGGCUACGGGCCGUAGUCGACGACGCGCUAGAGGAGUUCCGCGACAAGCCAUCGUUUGUGAACGCCGCUCGCCAGUUUCUGCUCAAGUGGAGCUUCUACAGCUCGAUGGUGAUUCGGGAUUUGACGUUGCGGUCGGCCGGCAGCUUUGGAAGCUUUCACCUGAUUCGGCUGCUGUACGACGAGUACAUGUUCUUCAUCAUCGAGCACAAGGUGGCCAAAGCUACCCACAAAACGCCGAUUGCCGUAAUGGGCGAACGUGACAACGGUCAGAUGCAGCAGCUAUCAACGCUGUCAUCCACCCACCACCAGCAGCAACAGCCCCACCACCCGGACGACGUGACGAGCAUGCUGUACACGUCGGACUUUGAGGUUGUCAACGUAAAGAUGGAGCCGAGCGCCAAGCGUAUGCGAAGUUAGUCAAUUUUCACCCCGACUGAGGCUGGUGGCCCUUUCAGUCAACAUCAGCAACAGCAUCAGCAUUUUCUCUUUGAUCGCCAAGAAUCGACGCAGCCAACGUGGUAUUUGGCGCCGUCGGCGUCAACUUCGCCGUCAAACCAUAGCAGCGGUGACGGUGAGUCGUCCUCGUUUUCUGCGUCCUUUUACUGAAAAAAAAAAACACUUCUUUUAGUGUGUUUCACGUGUAAGCUAGUGUGUUAGGGUAAAUCAUCUUGCUGCUCGGGCAUAGAUUUUAAUUUAUUUAUUCCAAGCUUUAGUUUUAAUGUGUUGACUAAUUUUUCUUUUCACUUUAGUUCAAUUUGUCUGUUUGAUUCCCACCUACCCGUUUAAACGCUAAUCAAUUAAUUCUCAAAAAUGUCCAAUUGUACAACUUCUCACAAAACGAAUUGUAAAUAUUUUUUUUAAAAUAUGCAAUCCAGCAUACUACAAUUAUAUUUAUUUAAUACCUGCAUCUACCGAGCAUGCCCCUAAAGAAAUAAAAAUAAAAACUAUUGAACUAUUAUUUAUUGUAAUUCUUGUGCAAGUCAAAACAAACUAAAAUUGUCGAAACAAACCAGUUGUCGUUUUUCAUGUCUUUUCUCUGUACUAAAAAAAUUUAAACGCAAAUCAAACUAUAGUCACUAGAAGAAUUAGAAGAAACAAAAAACGCCGGCCAACCUUUUUUGCCAUGCAAAUAGUCGAGGUUUGCGACCUCCAACGGGAGGUGACGAUCACGUGUGUGCAAUUCAAGAAACAGUUUGGGCAAAAAUCAAAAACGGUCGUCAAAUUAUUGCUACAAAGAAGAAACCAAAUGAAUUUAGGAAUUAGCAAUGAAGCUACAAAUUUUCUAAUUAUUUUACAAAUGUUGUCAAGUUGCUGAAACAUAAGGAGAGAGCAGAUUGAACGUGUAUCAGAAACGGAAACGAAAUAUAUACGCAAACAAACAAAAAAGAACGACAAAAUAAAACAACAGUUUAAUGUAUGUGCCUGUGGAAGAAAAUCUAAACAAAGAAAUGACGAAUUCGAACAACCUACAAAGCUGCAAGCAGUUUGAAUCGUCGCUUAUAACCAACAUUUGUUCCAGAUAUUUAACAAAAAGGAAACGUCAACGAAACCAUGUCGCCGCCCAAAUCAAAACUCAAACGGAACGGAUGCUAGUCGUGAAUAUUUCCUUUCGAAAAUAUUCUUUCGAGGUGCUUGCGCGUUGUGAAAUCAUUCCAAAAUAAGCCAUAUUUGCACCCCCAAUUGGUUUACAUCAUACGGUUAGGGGGUUAGAAACAAUAAAAUUCAUGCCAUCGUUUACUUUUAAUUUCCUAAUUUAUCUAUUCCAAACACGCUCAUCUCAUAGAAACGAAUUUGAAAACUAAAAUACAUAGUUUAAGCUAACCUGCACCUUCGCUCAAAAAAUGCUCACAAAAUUAACCGUUCGUCAACAGGAAAGAUUAGAGAAAGACGUUGAAUCUAAUAAAAAAAAAUGGAAUUGUGAUUAAAGAUAUGAAAUCGAUAAAUUGCUGUCUAUUUUUUGUACGAAUCAUUAUACAAAACAGAGAGAUCGCGCUUCAAAAACCAAGCUAUCUGCUUUUCUGCUUCAACCAAUACAACUUAAAAAUAAAGCUGUGAAAGCGUGAGCAAGAAGGAGUUUUUUUUGGGUUUAAGAAAAGUGGAUUGCGUCGGAGGAAAUAGAUUAACUUGUGGAAAAAGUACACCCGUGUAGUCCUAGAGUAUAACUAGUGUGUAAGGCAAAAUAUUUGGAAACAAUGCGCGCAAGGAAAUAAAUAGAGUGAGUUGAAGAAAAAUAAAA